CUCUGGGAUCACGUGACAUUUAUUUACAUAACCUAAAAAUAUCCAAAAAGGAAAACGAGGAAAACUCCGAAAAAAACCUGUCUGGAAUUGUUAAUUAAAUAAUUGUCUCCUUUGUUCGGUAAUGUAAUUGUUAACAUGUCUGAGGGAUUUAUUCAUUCAGUUAAAGUACCGAGGUUGUAUAAAACUGUCGCGAAAGUUGUACAGAACGUGCAGGAAAACGGAGCGAGUCUCAAACAAUUGAUUUACGAACAAAAGCACACGAAUGUGCAGGGUGUCUAUGCAUUGGCGUUUAAUACCGUUCGUCAUGGCGAUCAAUUAAAUCAGCUAAUACGCAAAAGUCAAAUUCUCUUUAAGGAGCAACGUUUGGAUCCGUGGUUAACUCGUGUCUUGAUAACAGAAUUAAUAUGGGGCAAGCAGUGCUUAAAAUCAGAGUCCAAGCCAAUUCAAACAGUUCUCUCAUACGAGAAUUUAUUCCGAGAGGAAAUGAAAAAUAUCACAGAAGAUGUAGAUUUUUCCAAAAAAGUUACAAAACCACGAUACGUGAGAGUAAAUACACUAGCAAUGAGUGUGAACGAGGCAAUUGAAAAUUUUCAAGAGGAAGGUUGGAAUUUUCAGUCUGGAUUUGAGAAUUACUCCUCGUUUUUGAAAGCAAUUUCGAACCUGAAUGAGGAAACGUUUGUUCAAGAUUUUCACAUUCCAGAUUUACUCGUUUUUCCUCAUGGAACGGCAUUUUUUAAUCAUCCUGGAUAUAAAUCCGGUAGCAUUAUUUUACAAGACAAGGCGAGUUGCUUCCCCGCAUUUCUUUUAAAUCCACCGAUUGGAUCGUCGGUUUUGGAUAUGUGUUCAGCACCCGGAAUGAAAUCGACUCAUUUAGCAGCAAUUCUCCAAAACAGAGGAAAAAUUUUUUCCAUUGAAAUGGACGAGAGAAGAUUCAAGACACUUUGUGAUUUUAUCGAAUUGACAAAUUCCCGGUGUGUCGAAACUAUUAAUAAAGAUGCUUUAACCAUCGAUUCAACGCAAUGUCCGAAUAUCGAAUAUAUUCUAGUCGAUCCCAGUUGUUCUGGAUCAGGAAUGGUGGACAGAGAAAAAGUGAAUGGAAAAAUUGAAAAAUGUGCCCCGGGUCGAUUGAGAAGUCUUCAAUCAUUUCAAGUUCUUCUCUUAAGACACGCUCUCUUAAAUUUUCCCACAGCGAAGAGAGUUAUUUACAGCACGUGUUCAAUUCAACCGGAAGAAAACGAGCACGUGAUAGACGAAAUUCUUUCCGAUAUUGGCGAAGCCUACAAGCUCGUUCCACCCAAAGAAUUACUUUCUGAAAAUUGGAUAAAUUUUAGUUCUCUCGAUUAUAAAUGCCAGGACAAUUGUCUCUACGCAAGACCCGAAACUGAUUUCACCAAUGGAUUUUUCGUCGCAGUUUUCGAAAGGGAUUUUAACGUUCCCCUGCCCGAAUAUAAGCGAAGAUCAAAAGCCAAAAAGGAUCAAGAAAAUAAAAUUCAAAAUCAAGAAAAUAAAUUCAAUGACAAGCAAAAGGAAGAGUUGCCACGUGAAAGUGAAGACUAUCAGGAAAAUGAUGUCGAAAUGUCAGAGAAUAAACCGGAAAAUUCAGAAACUAAAGAAUGGGUAAUGACUGCUUCACAGAAAAAGCGAAUGAGACGAAGAAAAAAACAAAAUAAAUUAAAAUCGGCAAAUUCACAAGAAGAAAAUCUUCCUGGAAAUGAUUGUGAAUUAAUUCCGAAUUCGGAAAUAAAACCCAAUGACAUAGAAUCCAAGGACCAGUUGGUCGAUUUGGAGACAAACGACAAACCAACGGAGAGAAAGAAGAAAAAGAAAAACAAAACCAAUAAAGAAUCGUCGACAAAAAUCGAAAAUUUCCCUGAAGAACCAACUUCCACUGAAGAGUCAUCAAAAAACGAAAAAUCGACCAUUUCGACAGAAAUCGAGAAUUCUUCUCAAGAUCAAGAGGAAAAUUCCCAAUCGAAAAAGAAGAAAAAGAAAAGAAAAUUAGAAAAUCCCACGGAAGAAACAAUUUCGAAAGAAAAUUCUCUCUCGAAAGAGAAGUGCAACUCUUCUUCAGAGCGGGAGGAAAAUUCCUUACGGAAAAAAAAGAAAAAGAAGAGAAAAUUAGAAGAAAAUUCCACAGAAGAAAUAAUUUCGAAAGAAAAUUCUAAAUUUGAAAAACCAGACGAAAGUGAAGAAAAAUCUCCAACUAAGAAGAAGAAAAAAAGCAAACUACCUAAGGAACAUUCACCAGAUAACGAAGUCUUAUUACAAGGGGAAGUACCGGAAGAAAAGAAAAAGAAACAUAAAACUAACGAGGCCGUGGAUAUUCCAGUAAAUAACCAUGAAAAUGAAAAUCCAACAAAGAAGAAGAAGAAAAAAGAGAAAAAAUGAUACAAAGAAUUAGAAUUGAAAAAAUAAAUUCCACGAUUGAUAAAAAAAACUUUUUUUUCUUCUACUCCUUUUUUUUCUUCAUCUUCUCCUUAAUAGUUUCUAAAAUGUUCCUCCUUUUUUUUCUCUUUCGAAAGUCAUUGAUUUUGCAAUGUUUCACGCGUGCCUGAUGUUUCGUGGCUUUUACCAUGAGUGUAAUAAGUUUACGUUAUUUUUAACCGUAUAUUUGUGAUAAGAUCGCAAAAUAUGUUUAUCGCUAGUUUCGCGGAACCCCUUUUUGUUACCUGCUCACGUCAACUUUUGCUGCAGGUAUUAGUACAGCCAAGACGAUAAAAACCACACAAUAAGCUCGAAAUAUUUUAUUCAAAAUAGUUUUUCAUAAUACUCAACUUUAUUUGCAUAAUCGUAAAUGAGAAACAUUCUGACGGACGGAUAAAAAUAGAGGAUUUUGAAAAAAACGUUAUUAACAGUUCGUUU